AUGAGCUCUGAAAAGGCAGACGGGAGAAGAAAAUGCUGCGUUGAUUCGAGUCUAGCAUGUCCGUUCUUCGUCCGCCCGGCCCGCAUUGCCCGCUCCUUCGCUCCCCCCGUGCGGCACGAGCCGCCUUUCCCUGUCCACGGGAAGCAUUCACAAGCCUCGCCAUGUGCCCUCGGUGCCGCAGCCCCCCGCCUGCGGCAUCCCUGCGCGCCUUCCCACGUGGCGCGCCAUGCAGAGGCGCGCGUUGUGGAGCGCGCCGGACCCAACGCGUGGACAUGCCCCUGUCGUCGACUCCUCAGUGCACCACCAUCGCCCAUUCCCCCCUCUCAUGUCACCACGGCCCUCGCUUCUCUCCUAACUCCUCCCCUCCUGCCCCUCCUGCCCCUCCUGCCCCUCCCUGCCCCUCCUCGCCCAUCCCUGCCCCUCCCUGCCAUCCCACCCCUCGUGAGGCAGGAGGCGGUGAAGAACGAGAAGGUGAAGAUGAAGGGCGUCAAUGUGCCGCCAUCCCUCUCAUUCCAUCCACCCUUCCCUCCGUCCCUCCCAUCCCUCUCUCCCCCCAUUCCAUCCCUUCAUGCCGUGGGCUCUCUGCAGGAAGCAGCGGAGAAGUACGAGAAGGUGAAGAUGAAGGGCAACGUGGUGAAGCGCCGCCAGUGGCUCAACCUCUCCCUGCGCUCCUACCGCCAUGCCUUCUCCUGGGUCGCCGUCGCCCUCGCCAUGCCCGAGCGCGAGCUCAUUGCACAUGCCGGGCUGGACAACGUUGUCUUCCUGCACACACUCAAGCUGGGGUGCGUGCGCCCUUCGUUUCUCGUCCCCCCGGCAUGUAACACGUCCCACACUGAUACCGCUCUGUCAGCUACCCACCAGCCCUUUUAUUUUCUCACGCCCCCCCUCCCCGUCUCUCCCAACUCACUGCCCCCUCUCGCCCGCCAGCUUCAAGAUCUUUGGGCCCAUCCUGAUAGUGGCGGCAGCGGUGCUAUACGCUUCAAGAUCUUUGGGCCCAUCCUGAUAGUGGCGGCAGCGGUGCUGAUGCCAGUGAACUACCUGGGGGGGUGGCUGCAGCAGCAGGCGCAGAGCGACCCCGACUUGUACUACAGCGCCGUGGACCAGCUCUCCAUCGCCAACAUCCCCAACCAGUCGCCCCUGUUGUGGGUGCACGUGGCGAUGGCGUGGCUGUUCAACGCGUGGGCGCUGUACAUGAUGCGGUUGGAGCACCGCACCGUUGCUGACAUGCGCCUCGACUACCUCGCCGACCAGCAGCGCGCGCCCAACCAGUUCACUGUGUUGGUGCGGCAGGUGCCGAAGCACCCAAUCAAGACCGUGCCGGAGCAUGUGGACCAUUUCUUUUCAGUCAACCACCGCGGCCACUACCUGCUCACCCAGCCAGUGUAUAACGCGAACAGGGUGGCGCGGCUGGAGAAGAAGCGCGGCAAGCUGGAGAACAAACUCACGGAGCUGCACAUCAAGCUCGAACGCUUCCCCAAUAAGCCACUCACUGUCCGGAUGGGGAUCAUGGGGCUGGUGGGGGAGAGGGUGGAUGCGGUGCAGCACUACCAGGACAAGCUUGAAGAGAUCUGUGACGAGAUCAUAGCAGAGCGGGAGCGAGUGAUCAGCGACCCAGCGAGAACCAUGCCAGCGGCCUUCGUGUCCUUCUCCUCGCGCUGGGGUGCAGCCGUCGCCGCUCAAACCCUCCAAUCAAAGAACAGCUCGCACUGGAUCACGCAGUGGGCGCCGGAGCAGCGCGACGUCAAGUGGAGCAACCUGCCCAUCCCCUACGAGCAGCUCGCGGUGCGCCGUGUGCUCGUGCUAUUGGCGGCGGCGUCUGUCGUCUUCUUCUACACCAUCCCGGUGGGGUUUGUGCAGUCGCUGGCGAAUCUGGACAACAUCAGCCGCUACAUGCCCUGGCUGCAACCCAUCCUCAGCAUCCCUGUGGUGAACGCGCUCAUAACCGACAUCCUCUCAGGCGUCGCGCUCAAGCUCUUCAUGGCGGUACUGCCCUACCUGCUCAUCUUCCUCGCGUCACUCGAGGGCCAUGUGAGCCUGUCACAGAUCGACCUGGCGGCCACCGGCAAGUACUUCUGGUUCAUCAUUGGCACGGUGUUCGUCACCAACGUCAUGGGGGGCGCUCUCAUGUCCGCCACCCACGAGCUCUCCGAGCACACCACCAGGUGA